AUCGGAAGUAAAUAAAGUUCCCGCGUUGUUUCGUGCAGGAAAGAGUGUGUUUCCAGGGUGAUCAACUGGGCAUUGCAAUGGAUGAUCUUUAUUUAGAAAACAUUGACGAAUAUGUUAACGAUCAGAAUAAAAUUGUCUCCUAUAAAUGGCUAAGUCUUACUCUUGGUGUCCAUGUUAACACGGCUAAACAAAUGCUGUAUCACUACUUAGAGCAGCGACGGAAGGAGCGCUCUGGAAACACACUGUAUGCUACUUACUUGGUUUCUGGGAAGUGCAUGGAGAAAGGCAGCAUGUGUCAUAAGGUGUCAGUAGUGCGUGAAGACAAGCUCGAGGAUGUAAAAUCCAAACUGGAUGUGACGAUUAGCGUGCAUGUGUACAGCGUGCAAAAAGCUGAGCUCAAGGACAGUGCACCGCUUUACAGUACUGACUACGAUGCGAUGAAAGAGAACCUCAAAAACUGCAACAAGUACAGUGCGAUCCGAUGUUCUGCUGCAGUGCAGGAGUUAAAGACAGCUCAAGAAAAGGCCAUGUCCACUUCAACUGACAAAGAGGUCAUUAAACCUGUUGUCAAUAACUACACAGCACCUGCAUCCAAACCUACCUCCAAACAGCCGAAAGGCAUCAUGGGAAUGUUUUCAAAUAAAACAGCUCCUAAAAGUGAUGAGCAGAACAAAAAGGUGAAGAAGGAGCAGGUAGACGAUCCGCCUCCUGCUGAGGGACCUAAAACCAAGGUGUCGUCCAAAGCCAACAGUAUGAACAAUUUUUGGGGAAAAACAGCAGACAAAAAGCUUGAAAAAUCUGACCAAAACAUAAAAGAGAAGCCAGAUGGUGUUCCAGAAUCAUCGGCUGCAGAGAGCACAAAACAGUCUUCAUCCAAACCUAAGCAGGACAUAAAGGAGGAAUUACCGAAGGAGGCUGAAGUGAUUGAAGAUCAAUCCAAAGAGACCCGGAGUAAAACAAAACGUCUGGAGAAUUCGGAUAGUGAAAGCGAGCAAGUGGACAGUCGUAAGAAGAAGAGACGGAGGAUAAAAAAUCCUCAGCCGGACAGCAGUGAUGAUGAGGUAAUUCCAGAUUCUCCACCUGCACCUCAACUGCACACAAGUCCUGAAAAGCAUGUGAAGAAAGAGCCUGUUUUGCAAAACUCUGAGGGGAGGAGGAGGAAGAGGAGACGGGUGUUAAAGUCCCGUACAUUUGUUGAUGAUGAAGACUGUAUUGUGACCGAGAAAGGCUUCGAGAGUGAAUCUUACUCGGAGAGUGAUGACGAAUCCAAGACUGCCACUCAGCCUGCUGAAGACUCAAGCUCGCUCACGGAAACACUCAAAAGGAAGGAUGAUGAGAAAAAGGUUAAAGAGAAAAGCCAGAAGAAAGCUCCUGCUGCUACAAAUAAAGUGACAAAACAAGCAUCCAUCAUGGGCUUUUUCCAAAAGAAAUGAACUACUUAUGUGGGCUUUCUGUCUGUGUACCUCUGUGACCUUCCAGUGCUCUAAAAACUGGAUAUUUAUUGUACUGGAUUCAGUACAAUAACAAACCAGUAGGUGUCCCUGUAAAGUUUAUCAGGUGUUUUGGUCAUUAGUCUUUUUAAAGAGAAAACCUCGGAGAUGCUGGGAUUGGGGUUUGAGGUGCCUAUAUGUGAAAGAUUUUUGUCUGAUAUUAAUAUCACCGAUUGCUGUUCACUGAGCAUCUAAAUAACUUUUUGUCAUUCUGAAUAUCCUAUAUUAAAAGUAAUAUUAAAUGUUACUAUAAACAAUAAAAUUUACUUUCACAUUG